AUGCCAUACUUAGAGUCCACGUCACAGUUUACAGAUGAUCCCAGAGGAACCUUGCCAAGAGUCAGUGACUCCCAUGAUAAGGUGCAAAAAAAAAGUACUUUUACUCAUGAUGUGAAUAAUAUUGAUAAUAGUGGCAAGAGGGAGGACUACGGGAAUAGCCAAAUAUCUAACCGUGCUCGAUCAAAUAGCAACACCAGCAUCGUUGGUAAAGACAUCGAAAGUAAUCGGAAGAAGGAAAAACAGUUGAUGAAAAACAGCAAACAGGCAGAAAAUAUAAUAAACUGCAACGAUGAAGAAUUAAAAAAGAAUUUCAUUAGAGAAGAAGGAAAUAAUUCAAUUCCGCGAAUAGAAAGGUCUACUCAUAAAUAUUAUGAAAAAGAACGUGUUAAACAUCACAGAAAUUAUUAUAAUAUUAGGAAGAAUAGCAUUACAAGUAUUGUGAAUAAUGAAAAUACAUAUAAUAAUAAACAGGAGGAGGAAGGAAGAAAUGACGUAAAUGAAAACACCAUAAAAAUAGAAACAAAGAGCAGUGCCACAGAUAUUGAAACGGAAAAGGAAAGUAUAAUGCUUACAGCUUCCACUAAAGAUAUAACACAAGAUAAAAAAGAAAAUAAUCAAAUGGAUAACAGAGCUGAUAGAGAUGUAAGAAUUUAUCCGAAUAUAGGCAUAAGUGAGAUGAGGACUAUAACGGAUCACAAAUGUAAUGAUUACUCUAGGGAUAGUGGAAAUGGGGCGCAGGAUGGAGUCCAUAGACUCACACAUAAUGACGAGAUUAAUCACAAUCAGUACGGCAAUAAUAGAAUGGAUGAAAAUAAAGAAGAGGAAAAUAAUACACAAGAUGUGGACACAGAAAGUUGGAUAGAAAUUCAACAACCGUUCAAUUUGUGGGAUGUCUUAAAGAACAAUUUCAAAAAUGUGUUUUUGGUAAAAUCAGAGGAUAUGAAUCCCAAAGGAGAGGAGAAAGUGUCGAAAUGUGAAGAAAACACAAGUGAUCAGAUUAGAAAAAGGAACGAUGAAGAAGUGAUUCAAAUUGAUAAAGGAGAUGUAAUAGAGGUCGUAGUAAAGGUAUCAUCUCUGGGGGAGGACAAAGAUCAAGGAAAACAAUUUCCAUUAUCCCCAGAUGUGUAUGCCAAAUGCUUAAACUUUCUAAGCGUAGACAAAAUAUUAGAGUGUGAACUAAUAAAUAAACUAAGUAGCCAUGUGAUAAAUAACCGUGUAAACGUAUUUACAUAUGUUAAAAAAUUGACUCUAGAUGAGAAAUGGUCUCAUAUUCCAAUAUAUAAGAGACAAUAUUAUUUACAUCAAAUGAAAAAUGUAAAACAUCUGAAUACAUCUGAAAAAAUAUAUUCAGGAAAUGGAAUAUACAUACAUGAAGUAGCUGCAAUAAUAUUUCAAAAUGUAUCUAAUUUAAAAACAUUAGAAUUAUUAUCACCAGAAUAUUGUAUGAAUGAUAACACACCUAGACAUGAACCGUUUGCUUUAUGUCCAUCUGUUUUUUCAAAAUUAGAAAAGUUAACAAUUAUAGGUUGUCAAACAUUGGAAUGGUUACAUAUAUUUCGUAAUUGCUCAUUUCCUUUAUUAAAAAAAUUCGAAGUAUGCUAUUAUCCAAUACAUCAUGAUCACUGGGUUUGGAAAUUUGUUUUUGAUUUUACAAUUUUGGGAUUACAAGGAUUAUAUAAAAUGUUAUAUACAAUGGAAAAUCUUCAAAAAUUAAUAAUCGGAUUCGAUGUUUUAUUUGAUAACAUUGAUGGGUAUUUAUAUAACCCCAUAGAAAGUCAUAGGAAUGUUCUACAUGAAUUUAAUUUUGUUACGAAUAAUCAGAGAUAUACUAAUACUUUAUCUUCUCCACCAGCCAAUGGAAAUCCAUCAAGGAAAUUUAAAAGUUAUCGAGGAAAAUUAUGUGAAGAAGAUUUUAGUGAUAUUUUUACUAUUGCUUAUUAUAUAUCAGGCAAAUGUGGAAAGUUAAAAAGAAUUAUGAUUAAGUAUAGAGACUCUUAUGACAAAUACGAAGAUGAAUUGGACAAUGAUGAGACACUUAAUGAGUUUAUUUCGGAGGCUACAAAUACUGCAUCCAGCUACUAUAAUUACGUCCUUAAUUGGUUUAGGUCUACUGACGAGCUUAUGCCGUCGGAGGUUUAG